AUGUCUAUUCAAACUAGCAACCCUAGUUCCAAUGACUACAGCAAAGCCUUGUCGCUGAUCGCUGCGCAUUCCCAUAUUUCAGGACUCGGUCUCGAUGAGCAUCUCCAGCCAAAGGCAACUUCACAAGGUAUGGUCGGACAAUUACAGGCCAGAAGAGCUGCUGGAAUUAUUUUGAAAAUGGUCCAAAAUGGCACGAUUGCUGGCCGUGCGGUUCUUCUGGCUGGUCCUCCAUCUACUGGUAAAACGGCGCUUGCAAUGGGACUCUCGCAAUCGCUUGGUGAGGACGUACCUUUCACAGCGAUUGCCGGAUCUGAGAUCUUUUCUCUUGAACUAAGCAAAACGGAGGCUCUUACCCAGGCAUUUCGUAAAUCCAUUGGGGUCAAAAUCAAGGAGGAAACGGAAAUGAUAGAGGGUGAAGUGGUGGAAAUUCAAAUCGACAAAUCCAUCACAGGUGGUCACAAACAGGGUAAACUAACCAUCAAAACAACCGAUAUGGAGACGAUAUACGAGCUGGGAAGCAAAAUGAUAGAAGGAUUGACCAAGGAAAAAGUUCUGGCAGGAGACGUCAUUUCUAUUGACAAAGCCAGUGUCAAAAUUACCAAGCUAGGCCGGUCUUUUGCAAGAUCGAGAGACUACGAUGCUAUGGGUGCAGAAACUAGAUUUGUGCAAUGUCCAGAGGGUGAAUUGCAGAAAAGAAAAUCUGUUGUCCAUACCGUAUCGCUUCAUGAAAUCGACGUUAUUAACUCCAGAACGCAAGGGUUUUUGGCCCUUUUCACUGGUGACACGGGGGAGAUCAGAUCUGAAGUAAGAGACCAGAUCAACACAAAAGUCGCCGAAUGGAAGGAAGAGGGCAAAGCAGAUAUUGUUCCUGGUGUGCUUUUCAUCGACGAAGUGCAUAUGUUGGAUAUUGAGUGCUUCUCUUUCAUCAACCGUGCAUUGGAGGACGAAUUUGCUCCUAUAGUAGUGAUGGCGACCAAUAGGGGUAUUUCCAAGACUAGAGGAACAAAUUACAAAUCCCCUCAUGGUCUACCACUCGAUUUGCUUGAUAGAUCGAUUAUCAUAACGACUCACAAUUACAACGAGCAGGAAAUCAAGACUAUUUUAUCUAUCAGGGCACAAGAGGAAGAAGUAGACGUCGCUGCAGAUGCUUUAGACCUGUUGACCAAAAUCGGCACGGAAACUAGCUUGCGGUACGCCAGUAAUUUGAUUGCUGUAUCACAGCAAAUUGCCCAGAAACGUAAGAGUAACAACAUUGAAGUCGCAGACAUAAAGAGAGCUUAUUUGCUGUUUUUGGACAGCUCCAGGUCUGUUAAAUUCUUGCAAGAGUUCGAGCCCCAGUACAUUGACGACCAUGGAAAUGUGCAAAUUGCCAGCGGAGCAAACAAUUCCGACGCCAUGGAUACCGCAGCCUGA